AGCCAGGGAAUAGUAUUGAGAAAGAGGUUCUGAUCCUAUUUGAGACGAUGGCUUGUGGCUUAAGCAAGAGCCUUGGCUUCUCUUCCUCGUUGAAGAAGCAGCAAGAAGGCAUAGUGACCAUCCUUGGUGGCAUUUCGUCGAACACUUCAUCUGCACCUUCGCUCAGGCGGACUUUUCCUAUGAAGAAGCUCCAUGCCUCCUCCGUCGCUGACGAAGAGGAAGGAUCAAGAUCUGGGUUCGACAUUUGGGCUCAGAUUCAAGAAGUCAAGAAUCAGACCAAGGAGGAGAUCGAGCCGGACCAAACCGAUGUAUGGAGCUCGAUCUUAUCCGACAAGAAGAAGGCGGAGUCGAGUAACGACGCGGUUCCUCCGCCGUACGUUCAUCCUCUGGUGAAACGCGCCAGCUCCUUGAGCGAGAAAAGCCUCGAGAUUUGCACUGAGAGUCUCGGAUCCGAGACGGGUUGCGAAGGAUUCGCUUCGUAUGCAGAUGCUGAGAUCGAAAAAGUGGAGGCGGAUCUCGUUCUCAACGUUACAGUAACCAUGGAGGAAGAAGAAGCAAUCACGGUUCCAAAUCUCACACCAUGCAUGGAGCUGCCACGAGGUUCGUUUCCUCCUCCGAUUCGUUCUCUCUCGAGCCAAUCUGGUUCAGCUCUGCACAUGAAAACUCGCCGCGACAAUGGCCGAUUGGUUCUGGAGGCUGUCUCGAUGCCGUCGCACAACAACUUCUCCGCCAAGCGCCAAGACGGGCGGCUCCUCCUAACUUUUGCGGGAAUCAGCGACGAACCCGAUUGUGAAAUUGACAUCGUUAGCGACGAAGAAGACGAAACUGAUGAGCUUCAGUGGUCCGACGAAGAAGAAGAAGAAGAAGAGGAGGAAGUGGUACAAGACGAGUUUGCGUACAAGCCCAGUGAGCUUAUGUAUAAGCUGGCACCAAAGCCCAUUGGGCCUAUUACUGUCCAUAGGUUGGCCCAUAAGCCUAUUGGUGUACCAAAAACAAACUCGAGAUGGGAUGAGUUAGAAACGAAAACGGAUCUGUCGACGCCGGUAGUCCACUCUCUGCCACCAAGACCAAGGGUGGCUCAGCUCGCUCGGUCAAUGAAGCCACCGUCUACGGUGGACGACACCGUAGGAGCCGCUUGCUUCAACACAUGUGACUACUCUUGGAAGCUCAAUAACACUGAAACUUUGGGCCGCAACACAAAAACCCAAAACUAUAUCAACAAAUCAAUCGGUGUAGGAAAUGACGGUUGGAUAAAUGGUUGCAAGGAACGAAGGAGGUCUUUGCUGUCCGUCGAGCCUUUCUGCAUUGCAACUUCAUAAAUUUAAGAUACCCUACCAAUGAGUAAUUUACAAGAAGCAUAAGCAUAUGAUAUAUCUAUCUAUUGUGUAUAUAUAUGCGAGUAUGUACACUCGAAUAUAUAUGCAUAUUAACCCAAAUAAUUGUCGUUGUUGCUGUUGGUUUUUCUAAAGAAAGUGAGAGGAAUGAAGAUUAUUAGAAAGUAAAUUUAUUGUUUCUAAAUGAGGUUAAUGACCUCGUUGGAGAAAGAAAUAUUUCUGAAGAGUGUUAUGUUUUGUACAAAACUUUUAUUUUUCGUCAGAAAAAAGAAAAAACUUUUGUUGUUC